AUGGAUGAGGAUUUCUCCUCCCAGAGGAAGAAGAUGGCUUUGGCCAUGGGCACAUCCCUGUCAGACAAGGACAUAGAGCUGCUGCCCACGGACAUGAGACACCACAGGUCUUUCAACUACCUCAAGUUCUUUGAGUACAUGCGGAAGUUCCAGGCCUCUGGGCAGCUGGACAGCACCAUCCACAAGGCCUUCCAGACCCUGGACAAGGACAGGAGUGGCUUCAUAGAGUGGAAUGAGAUCAAGUACAUCCUAUCCACAAUCCCUAGCAGCGUGCCAGCUGCUCUACUGACCGAUGAGGAGGCUGAGGCCAUGAUCCAAGCCGCCGACAUGGAUGGGGACGGGAGGAUUGACUAUGAAGAAUUUUCUGAAUUGAUCAAAAAAGAGAAAAUUCCAAAGAAGAAAUAG